GCUUCAAAAGAUGGUGCAUGACAUCAAGAAAAAUGAAAGUGGGAUAAUAAACAAGUUCAAAAAGCUAAAAAAAAAACCUCCACCAAGUCUACCACAAAGGGAUUAUGCUUCAGAACAUGCAGACAAUGAAGAGGAACAAUGGUCAGAUGAUUUUGACAGUGAUUAUGAGAAUCCAGAUGACCACUCUGACUCUGAGAUGUAUGUGGUCCCCAGUGAAGAGAAUCCUGAUGACAGCUAUGAGCCUCCUCCAAGUGAGCAGGAGAAAAAGAAGAUUCCCUCUGCAUUCCCUAUUUCUAGGGGUGAAUAUGCAGACAAUCGUGGUAGUCACCAGCAGCUUCCUCCCAUCAACAAACCUCUGCCAAGUACACCCAGUCCAGCCAUGUCGAGACCGAAGAAACCAUCCGUGCCAUCCCUGCCGUUGCCAUCUCCUGCUGCAAAGCCAAAAGUACCGCUGAAGCCGAAGGAGUGUAGCGAUGAUGAGGAUAAUUACAUUGUGCCAGUGGACAAUGACGACGAUAACUAUAUUGAACCCACAGAAAGCAGCAUGUCACUACCUACAAGAUCUCCUGUGAACAGAUUUAUGAAGACAACAAAGUCAGUCCUCCCUACCUCUCCAAAGCCAUCUCUUCCUUCUGAUUUGCAAGAAGUCUACGAGGUUCCUGAAGAAGAGGAAAAACCAUCACCACCACCGGUAACCAGGUUCACUAAACCACUUCUGUCUGUGCCUGCUCAGAAUACAGAGCACUCCCACAUGCACAGCAUGACCAGAGAGUCACCUAAGCUGGAUACUUCCAGAAAUAUUUUGCCUCUUCCCAGAAAUCGUCUUCAUCCAAAACCAGACCAUGAAACAAACAAUAAUGAUGAAAAUCAUAGCUUCAAUAGCACACAAGAAUCCAGAUUUCCCACUGGAGCAGCCCCAUCUCCACUACCAAGGGGCCUAAAGAAAACUUCUAAUGCAGUAAAUUCACCAAAACCAUGUUUACCUUCCAGAGAGACCUUACCUGUGAAUGAAGCUACAGAAAAACCUACAGCAGCAGAACGACGACGAGGUUCAAGCCAAGAGCUUCCGCUUCCACCCCUUCCAAGUGGUUCCCAAAAGCCUCUGCUCCAAAAGUCCUCAAUUCUGCCAAAAGUGCCAGAAGCUGCAAACCGUUCUCUGGGUACUUCCCCUCACAUCAGCAUUUCAUCUAAUUCAAGUACAGCAGACCAGGAUGCUGGUGUUCAUAGUAAAGCAUGGUAUGCUGCUACCUGUGAUAGGAAAACAGCGGAAGAUGCAUUGUACCGAUCAAACAAGGAUGGAUCUUUUCUAAUAAGAAAGAGUUCUGGGCAGGAUUCACGGCAACCAUACACACUGGUUGUGUUUUACAACAGAAGAGUAUACAACAUUCCUAUACGAUUUAUUGAAUCAACAAGACAAUAUGCACUGGGCAGAGAAAAAAGUGGUGAAGAGCGCUUUGACAGUGUUGCUGAAAUAGUAGAGAACCAUCAGCGCAGCUCCCUGGUUCUAAUUGACAGCCAAAACAACACAAAAGACUCAACAAAACUGAAACACAUUGUAAGAGUUUCUUAAACUGAACUGCUAAGAUGAAGACUUUUUUAAUUUCUUUCAAUAUCCCAAAACACAUGGAUCAGAUACUAAAAGAAAAUCCAAAAUGAUGGAAAAUACCCCUUAAGAGCACCGACUGAGUAGCAAGAGAUGUCAUUCAUAAAGUUCGAUCCCAUGUCACUCUUAUCAGAAAAGCACCCGUAUUUAACACAAGAAGCCAAAGCGUAUGUACUCUUGUUUCUGAUUUCCAUCUGUGGCAACAUGAGUCUUCCAAGUCUUGUGAAGAACAACUACAUACUACAGCCCAGUCCUUUUGACUGCUAUUUAAUUCAGAUUUCCUGUAGGACAUUUUCACUUUUAAAAAUGAGAAUACCCACAGUGAUCUACUCUUUCCAUUUGUUACCUUUACUACAGAUCACCGAUUUCGGCAAUUUCUUUGUAAAGUGAACAGCCCCAGACGUUAGAGCAGCUUGACCUAAUGUACUGCUGUGUACAAGCUGAAAAUAGAACUCUACUUCAUAUGAUUAGUGGCAAAAAAGCUGUCUAAAUGUUUUAGAUUAAUGGACGUGUGUUGUCCUUCUCCUCAGCUUUACUCUGUUUCAUCAAUAUUUUUGUGUGUAUUUUCAAAUGUGCAAAUAAAAUUAAUACUGUAACGCCAGUAGUGUAUGGAAGCAUUGCCGGAUCACAUUUCUUAACAUCCUUCCAGCAAGGAAACAUCAAUUCACUAUCAUUGAUGUUUUAAUGUAUAUAUUUGUUUGUGCUCCUUCACAAGUUCUAUUGUUACAAAAACUAUUGCUUUUUACAACUUUAACAUAUGUAUUUGGCUUAAUAGCUCUCCAGACUUUUGUCUUCAAAUUGACUACUGUUGAUGACUCAAGCAUAUUGCUUCACUGCUAAACCAACUACCCGCUCAGUUCUUGCAGAAUUACUGUUUACAGACACACAUAUGCACAGAAGAAACCCCUUUCCUUUUUCAAGCCUGUUCUAUCACAGUGGUUUACUUAUUGUAUUACUGCAAAUUAAUUUCCACAAACUUUCAAGUGGUGAAAAUUAAAUUGAUGGAUGUGUAAAUAGCACCAAUGAAAAGCUUUUAGGUGCAGUUGUUAAUUAAUUCUAGAGCUAUUUGAUUUCACUGGACCCGAAAACUCAUCCAUCUUAAAGGUAUUUUCUAAAACUGACCCUCUAUCCAUACCUGCUUUGUUCCUUUUCUUACAGAUUAGGCAGUGUUCUCUAGAAUUAUCUGCAAGGCAUUUAAGGCAAGACUGAGCCAAGACUUGUGAAGUCUCAGCAAGUCACUUAGAGCUACAUUGUAUUCUGCACUACUUCCUUGUGGUUUUGAUCAAUUACUGUUACAAUUAAGGCACCUGUCUUCUAGAAGGAACCGCUUACUAAUAUGAUGAUGUUCAGCACAUAGCUACCUACCUUGCUGCAUCUGUUUCUUCCAGCAACACUAG